CGAGCGAGCUGACGAAGUUGAUACAAAUCUCUAUACUAGCUACCUGCAGAGAUCCCAACCAGUAAUCGCGUAGACAUUGGCUUCUCAAAUCAGGCGCUAACUGAGAAGAUAAAGAUUCAACCACCGCGACGUAUCACCACACUAUCAACUCCGGCUUGGGUGCACCAGAUCGCCCCCACAGCGAUGCGUGUCAAGUCAACAGUUGCUGCUCUGUCUCCUUCUGAGAACUCUUCGCUACCUGUGGUUACUGCAGACAAUGUGACUUUAUAUCCAACUGGAAUGAGCGCCAUAUAUUAUGCUUCCCUGGCCCUGCAGACAGUGGCAACAACGUCAACAGUGGUUGCUUUUGGAUGGCUGUACGAUGAGACAAUUCAUAAUCUGAAGCACGGUCCCUGGGAGAAAUUCAUCGGGUACAAGCGGGGGACCGAACAGGAUCUGGAAGCUUUGACCAAGCGUCUGGAAUCCGGAGAACGCAUUGGGGCCUUGUUCUGCGAAUUACCCAGCAACGUGUUCUUGCCGACUGUUCCGCUGCAGCGCUUACGAGCUCUCGCAGACGAAUACGACUUCAUCCUUGCCUGCGAUGACACAGUAGCUGGCUUCACUAACCUUGAUCUUAUUCCGUAUGUCGAUGUCUUGCUAGCCAGCUUGACCAAAAUGUUCAGCGGAGCAUCUGAUGUUACAGGGGGAAGUGUCACUGUCAAUCCAGCGUCGCGCCACUGCAAGACUAUUCAAGAGGCUUUGCAAGCUCGCUAUCAGCCGAGCUUUGUCUUCCCUCUUGACACGAAAGUUCUGAAAUACAACAGCCAACACAUACGAUGGCGUGCCCAGAGAUGCAACGAUAAUGCUCUCGCUGUCGCCCGAAUGCUGCACGGCCAUCCACUGAUCCAGCGCCUCAAUUAUCCUACUUCGAUGAGUUGCUUCCUGUCUACCAUAGCCUGAUGCGCAAGGAGGGAGGCUACGGCCCUAUCAUGAGCGUCAUUUUUCACGAUGAGAAGGUUGCCCGCCGCUUCUAUGAUUUGCUUAACGUACCUAAAGGAUCUAGCUUUGGUACUAAUUUUACCAUUGCAGUGCCAUUUGCGCUGCUCGUUUAUUAUGACAAUAAGCACAAGAUUGCUGCAUAUGGUCUUCCGGAGCAUAUUAUACGGAUUAGUGUUGGGCUUGAGAAUGUGGAAGACAUCAAGACGGCUAUUCGGGCAGCGCUAGCAAAAUGUGAUGGGAAACCCCAAUUUAAGAGCGAGCUCUAAGGGUGGAGGUCAGAGCCAUCUGUAAAAUAACUGUUGUUGUCAAAAAGAGGCUUGAAGGCCGGUAUUCCAACUCUAAGAAAAAGUUAUUACCAAUUUAGUCAGGCCGGAAUUGUACUGUAUAUAUCAGGUAAC